CAAAUAAUUUGUUUCACAUAUGCAGAAACAUUUUUGUUGCUUAAGUAUAGUUAAAUGACAACUGUGUAUAAAAAAAAUUUACUUGAUUUCUGUAAGCGGUUUACUGGAAUAUCAAAAGACUUUUAGACGAUGUAGUCUUGAAUUGUGUACUUAAUUGUAAAAGGAGAAUAAGUUUUACUACGCAGAAACGAGUAUGGAUUUUAAAAACAACAGUGCUGUGGUUAGCAUUACGGGAAAUGAACUAAACCCACAGUCACAUUCAACGACUGAUCACACUAACAGUGUGUCUUUUAAAGAAGGCUUCCUAGAACAUGGCAGUGAUGUUAUGGAUGAAGAAAUUUGCACUAGAUUUAGAUGGAAACGUGUCUUAAAUCCAUCGGGUCCGCAACCUAGACCACGUCAUGGUCACAGAGCUAUUAAUAUUAAGGAGCUAAUGGUUGUGUUUGGUGGUGGCAAUGAAGGCAUUGUCGACGAAUUGCAUGUUUACAAUACAGUUACAAAUCAAUGGUUUGUUCCAGCUAUGAAAGGUGAUGUUCCUCCCGGCUGUGCAGCAUACGGAUUUGUGGUAGAAGGAACGAGAAUAUUUGUUUUUGGUGGUAUGAUUGAAUAUGGUAAAUACUCGAAUGAACUGUAUGAAUUACAAGCUUCAAAAUGGGAAUGGCGUAAAAUGCAUCCAUUUCAACCAGAUAACGGCCCUGUACCAUGUCCACGUCUAGGUCAUAGUUUUACCAUGGUUGGGGAAAAAAUAUUUUUAUUUGGUGGUCUUGCUAACGAAUCUGAUGAUCCGAAAAAUAAUAUUCCAAAAUAUCUUAAUGAUAUAUAUAUCUUGGAAAUUCACGGUGUAAACGCUCACAAUGGCCGAUGGAUUAUGCCCAAAACAUAUGGAGAAAGUCCCCCUCCUCGCGAAUCGCAUACUGGAGUAUCUUUUAUGUGCAAACAAAAUAAACUAAAUUUGUUGAUAUACGGUGGAAUGAGUGGAUGUCGCUUGGGAGAUUUAUGGCUUUUAGAUACAGAUACUAUGGUUUGGUCAAAGCCUGUCACUCACGGAAGUCCGCCCUUGCCACGUUCAUUACAUAGCUCUACUUUGAUUUGUAAUAAAAUGUAUGUUUUUGGUGGAUGGGUCCCACUUAUUAUUAAUGAUUCCAAGGCGACAACAGAGCGAGAAUGGAAAUGCACAAACACAUUGGCUGUAUUAGAUUUAGAUACAAUGUCUUGGGCAAAUGUUACAUUGGAUACUUUAGAAGAAAAUGUACCACGAGCACGAGCAGGACAUUGUGCUGUUGGGAUUCAAAGUAGACUUUAUGUUUGGUCGGGACGUGAUGGGUACCGAAAAGCGUGGAACAACCAGGUCAGGGUGUGUUGUAAAGAUCUUUGGUUUCUGGAAGUUACAAAGCCCCUGUAUGCAGUGAAAGUUGCACUUGUUCGAGCAUCUACACAUGCGCUUGAAUUGUGCUGGACACCAACAACUUUUGCGUCAGCUUAUGAACUACAAAUACAAAAAAUUGAACAAAUUUCUUUAGGUCCCAAACAAACACCUGCAAUAGGUUCAAUAUCUACAAAUCCAAUUUCUGUACAAAUUCAAUCGAGUAGCACAGCAGUUGGCGCAACAGAAAAUAAUUUGAAUACUUCAAUGAAGUAUCCAAAAGUUCAAAAUAUAGUAGCUCCUACAAUAAUCAAUACAAGUUCAUCAACCCAGCAAACAGCAUUUCAACAUCAAAUUAGUAAACUUCAAGCUGUACCCUCCUCUCAGCAACAAAAUAACGUUUCUUUUGCCACUCAAUCGCAACAACAUUCACAUCCAAAACUAAUGGCAUCAACCUCAGUAGAUUUAAUGAAUAUAACAACUCAGUCACCACAAACUGCUACUGUCACUAAUGUGUCUGGAGUCACAUCUGCAACGUUAGUAAAUGUUAACCUCACACAACAACAACAGCAACAGGUAACAACAAUAUCUUCAAUAAAUAAUUCUUGCAAUAGUACUGGAAAUUUAACCACAAUAUUACAAAAGCUUAGACCAACUACGGUUGUGACACGAUGUUCUUCUAUUGCAAGUACUUUGAAUUCAAGUGUUGUCUCGAAUGUUUCAUCCGAAAAUACAAUAAAUACCGUUACUGGUCUCCGAGUGGUAACUGCUACACCACAAAGCCUCACUUCGACAUCAGCAGCAGGGCCAGCGGCUGUACGCAUUUUAUCUACUGCAAGUGGGCAGACGUUACGACUCUCUGCAGCUCAAGGUGGCAUUACUGCGGCAACAAUUUUAAAACCAAGUCCACAUUCAAACUCAGCUGCAUCUUUUUCAGGACAACUACAAUCAAAUUCAGGCUCUUCAUCUAAUUCACCUUUAUCUUCAUCAGCCACAAUUUGUGGUAAACAGAUUAUUAUACAAAAGCCGUUGAAUAUAUCGCCAAACGUUCAGUUUCAAUUGGUCAAAACUAGUACUGGAGUUGCAGUCCAAACUUUGCCAAAGGCGAAUUUAAAUCUUAAUAAAACAACCAGUCAGGUACUAAACAAUCCACAAAACGUUGCUGUAACUCAAUCAUCAGUUAAUUUAUCACAACCGGUAAUAAAUACUGUUAGUAGUGGAAUUACAACUAGCACAUCAAGUACGAGUAGUUCUGCUACAUUGUCAACUAAUGUUGUACAACAGAAAUCCCUUGUAACAGGAAAUUUGGUUAAACUUGUUUCUUCACACGCGGUUAGUGGGGGAAAGUUAAUCAUGAAAAAUCCAAAUAUACUGCAAGUUGGCAAAGUUGCAUCUAAUAUCGUUGGUGGUAAGCCAUCAUUCGUUAUAACUAAUAAACCAGGUCAACAUUUAACAAAUCAGCAAAUAAUAAUUGUAACAACAGGAACUGGAUUAAGAGCUUUACCAGCAUCAAGUAUAAUGACAAAUGCUGCUAGUACUAAUAUUGUCUCAAUAGUGGGUUCUACAAGUACCACUACUACAGCAGUAGCCGCAUCUCGUAAUGUAGUUACAGGACAAACUAGUGUUAAAAUGAUUCGCGGUGUUGCAGGAACUACCGGAAGACCCAUUACUUUAACCUUGCCCAAAGGUUUAAGUUCAAAUACUACUCACAUUACUUCACAGCAACAACAAACAACACAUCAUCCGAAAAUUGGGUUAGCCAAUACGGCAAACAUUCAACAAAAAACUAUUACUCUUGGUGGUAAAGCCGUGACUGUACAAAUGUCUUCAAAUCCGGGUCUUACAGGUGUUCCAAAAACAGUAACAAUCAUGACAUCAACAUCAAGUGGUCAAACGCAAUCACACACAAACGCUACUAGUAAACUCGUAAUGCUUCCUAACGCGUCAAAUUUGUCUUCAGCUAAGAAAGGUUACGUAAAUAUAUUUAAUUCGAAUUCUGGGUCUGCUAACACUCUCCCAAGAACAAUUACGUUGACAACAAAAAAUAAAAACUCUCAACUUGUAACUACUGCAAACGCUGUUAACAAUUCAAAUGACACUAAUGUGGCAGUACAUACAGUAGGAGAAAAUCAUUAUUCCGAAAGCGAUGCCAUGGACGAUAUAAUAGAACAAUUGGACGGUGCCAUAGAUGUUUUGAAUUUUGCACAUAAUAAUAUAAACGAAGACAUUGAUGAUAGUAUAUCAUCAGAAAAUAAAAAUUCUGUGAAUAGAAUUAUUAAAAGUGAAAAUAUUGAUUCCAGCUUUAAAAUUAAAGAUUCAAAAUCAAGUUUUGAUACAGUAAUAUCAAAUAACACUAAGGAAAAUAUAUUUGAACGUAAUUGCAUAUGCACUGAGGCAGAAGUAUUUGAAAAAGAUGAAAACAAAAAUAAAAUGAGUAAAAUAACGGGAAAUUUAAUGGUAGACAAUGUAACUUGUGGCAGCUGUAGAACAAAUAUAUCUCCAUCAGAUUUAUCAACAAGUAAUAGAGAACUAUAUACAUCGGACAAUAUAAUAACAGCAACAUCAGCUAAAAGGUUAAACAUAAAUUCUAUAUGUAAUAUAUAAGCUUCGACAGUAGUCAUAUGUACCCUAAACACUUAAAUUUUAGUUCAAAAAUAGCCUGAUGUUGAGCCUUGUUAAGAAAGUAAUCAAUUGUCAAUCAAAAUGUUUAUGUCCAAUUCUUGAAGUAAUUACUUCUGUUACUUGUGUAGUCCAAAUUAUAUUUAAAUCAUACUUACGUCAUAGCUAAAACUGCUCGGCACCAGUGCGAUAUAAAGUCAAUUGUUACACUUAUCCAUAAAAUUUUCUAAUAUGGAUAUAUCUAUACAUCCAAUUAGUAUGUAAAUUUUAAUUAUAAAAUUCAAAUAUAAUUUUUAUGUUAACUAAUGCAAAUUCUCUACAACAAAUAA